AUGGGAAAUACUUACACUUCUACGAAACGUUCAAUUCUUGAAAACGAAUUCGAUUAUGUUAUAGACGAUUUCGAGCCGGUGCACCGCACGCAUGAGCUUGGCUUACUCAAAGAGGGUGUUUGCUUUAGAGUUACCGGUCAAAUACUGUUAACUUGUGAACGCUUCUUCAUCAAUUUUCUGGUGGAUAAUGCUGCGGGCGACGUGGCGUUACACCUUAAUGCGCGUCUACCGCAGAAUUACAUCGUGCGCAACAGUCGGGUCAACAAGCGGUGGCAAGUUGAGCAGAACACCUCCGCCAUACCGUUCACACUGCGACGUGGCACCAAAUUCCUCAUGCAGUUUCUCAUCACCGAAACCGCCUUUCUCAUAGCCGUGAACGGUUUUCAUUUCACCACCUACGUACAUUGCAUACCUUAUCGCUUGAUUAGCUCGGUGGUGGUGAUAGGUGAGGUCACAGAUGUCCUAGUGACGCAUACAGAGGUCGCCACAUAUCCCGAUCGCAUCGAUACAAUACGACCUGUGGAAAUAACAGUCAGUAGAAACCUCGCCUCAACCCGUUCGUCUAGAUCUGGAUAUGCUCAGCUGACCAGGAGAGAUGCAGGUUGGCGUUUCAGCUUGGUAUUGAAAGCCUUGCAUUGGCAGGCUGAAAUUGCGGCACCCUACGUGGGCAGUUUACCGCGGAAUAUGAUGAAGCCGGGUCGUCUACUCAAGAUCGAGGGACGUGUCAAACUAUUACCAAUGUCCUUUUAUAUAAACUUACAAAAUGGCGUUUAUUUUUGGCCACAUCCGAUCAUCGCCUUCCAUUUGGCUUCGUGCUUUUUCAAAAAACGCGAAAACAUAUCGAAAGCGCAAAUUGUGCGCUGCGCUUGGUACGAUGGCCAAUGGUCACCAGAGGAAUGCUCGGAUAUAGAUACGGAAUUUCUGCCGGGAAAAUAUUUUCGACUGGCUAUUGUGUGCAUGGACAAUGCUUACGAGGUGUAUUUGAAUGGCAAAUUUCUGCUCGAAUUCAGGUAUCACAUGCGACCAGAAGUGGUGGAUACGGUGUACAUAUGUGGUGAUGUUAAGCUCAGCUGGGUGUCACUGCAUAGCAAUUUUGAAGAUGAUGGCACCACGCUACAGUACUUUACCAACCAACUUGUAAAAUCACGCUCUACGUACAGCAUUCAGCCCCGGCGAGACACUUAUCGACCCACUUUUGAACCAUCGACCUUUUAA